CUUUAGAAGAAAGCUCGCUUCUGCACUCACUCCCACUCUCCCUUCUCUCUGUAACGCAGAGGCAAAACCGCCUCCGACCAAUCGAGCCUCCAAACCACCACCAUGGCAAUCGGCUCCUCAAACACAAUACAGCCGUGACUUCCGUAUUCGCAAACUCGGACCCAAAACCCGAGAACCACGAACUCAGUCGCGCUCGAACUUUCCGACUAGUUUCCGUCGGUUUUCCGGCUAAUAUCAAAGGAGAAUUCCACUGCUGAACUCCGGCGAGUUGCAGAGAGAAACCGCUGAUUUUCCAACCAAGCGUCGUCGAUUUGGAAUAUUUUGAAGCCACCAUUCGACGCACCAGCAUCCCUAGGCUCAGUGUCGAAUAACCUGUGGGUUCGAAAUUCCGAAAUUCAGACCGAGAGUUCUCCGGCCAACUUCGAGAUUUUCCAGCCACUUUUUGGCCAAACCAAGGUGAUGUCCUGAAUCUACACCCUCAAAUUAGGCUAGGUUGUGAAUUUCGUGAAUUUUGGAUGCGUUUUUGUAACUCACCGUGUUCUGGAAAUUUUCCGCCCAAAAUUUUAACAAACUAGGUCGAUCCUAAAUUGUGUUAGCAAAGGAUAUAGUAUCAUUUGAACUUGAGUUAUGGCGGACUCCAUUGAAACUAUAAGGUUGGUUUUUUUUAAGUCUGUAACUGUAAGAUCACUUCUUGUUUUCUUUCUUUUUCUUUAUUUAUCAGAAAAAUGACAUAAUUAUAUUAAGUUGAAAGAAGAAUAUUGUUAAAUGAGAGGGGAGGGGAGGGUUACUGUUAUUCAUAUGUUUGGCAUAUAUAUGAUCUUAUUCAUGGAGGGGUUUUCCCAGGGUUCGGACUGAGGACUCCAUCACUGUUGCCAAGAGUUUGGAAUGAGGACUCCAUCACUGCUUCAGCACUUGAAGUCUCAGGUUAGUAGGGCUUCAGUACUUGUCUCUCUAUUGGUGUAUCUAACUAUUAGUUUGCCAUGCACAUGCAUAUUUUGACAACUGCUACCCUUAUCAUUUAUUUAUAACAUCUCUCUAACAGGAGCAGGGUCUGCUAACGCAGAUCUCAUCUCUUGUGGAGAGAUGGUACAACUAGUUGGUAAGAAUAACAUUUUUAUUGGCGAACUAAUCAUUGAUUUUAUGAAAAUGCUAUUUUUUGCAUCUAUUUGUUCUAUUAUUUGUAACAUAUCUCUAAUAGAGAUGGAUCCGCAUGCAUUGGUGGACUUUAUUUCUAUUAAAGAGAUAAUACAAAUAGAUAAUAAGUGUAAUAGUACUUUUGAUUUUAUUUUGUGGUACUUAUAGAACUUUACCAAGCUAGCUAUUGUGUGGUACUUGUACAACUUUAGCAAGGUAGCUCGCUCCUAAGCUUCGUUACCACAAGAUAUAGAGGUAUCAUAUGAACUUCAGUUAUGGCGGACUCCAUCGUAACCCUAAGUGAUCUAGGUCAGAGCAGUAAUACUUUAGAUGGAGGACACAGAAGCAUAACCACUGAAAAAUGGCCAAAAAUUGGGCCACAACGUCAUCAAUCAAAAAUAUUCUUUCCAACCUGGGAUAUUAUCUUUGUAGUAUCAUCAGCAUUUUCUCUAUUUGUUGAUCCCUUGAUCUGCUAUAUUCCGUUCGUUGUCGAGAAAGACGCUUGCUUCUUGUGGGACCUACAGUUGAUGUGGAUAUUUUUGGCUUUACGAUCAAUCGGGGAUCUUUUUUAUUACAUGGACAUCGUUGUUUUUCUGAAGAGAUUUCACACCGAACGUAGUGCCAAAUCUUCUACAUGGGCCUAUGCAAAAUCUAUUGACGAUCGUCUUGUUACAACAGUUCGUAAUUUCAUCCACAAGAAACCAAUAAGGUUCUUAGCCAUUUUAGGUCGCAUUUGGGUUGCUCUUCCCUUUCUACAGGCACUGUUGCUCAUUGGAAGGUAUACAUACUUCGAUAAUUCUAAGCUUGUUUCAGUAAUUCCAUUCCAGUAUAUACUGAGGGCUUAUAACCACUACAAAUGGCUUGAUCGGCGUGCUAACAUAGAGACCGUACCAAGAAGAUUCCUUAAAGCUAUAUUAGACUUCCUUCCAUUCAUCAUUGCUUCUCAUCUUUACGGAUCCUUGUGGUACUUUUUUGCUGUGGAUCGAAAGAUAAUAUGUUGGCAGGACUAUAUCUGUAAACAUGGACAAAUAUGUGAUUAUCACAUCUAUAGUUUCUAUUGUGGUCCUACUAGUCAGACAUACAAUGGGCGGAUCAAUAUCCCAAGUUUAAAACUAUCAUGCUCAUGCUCUGAAGAACUUCCAUGUAAUAGGACAUCGAAGUAUGGUAUAUAUGUGUCUGCUCUCCAAUCUAAUCUGUCAACGUCAAAAUAUCUUCCAAGAAAGAUGUUGCAGUGUUUUUGGUGGGGUUUGCGAAAUCUUAGUUCUUUUGGUUCAAACCUUGAGACCAGUUUCGACACGGCCCAAAUCAUUUUUUCUGCUGUGAUCUCUAUAAGUGGCGUGAUACUAUUUUUAGUAUAUCUCAAUUCGAGGGUGCAGUGGUACCAAAAAGCAGCCGAGCGGCGGAUAUUGAGAAAGAAGAAGGAAAAAACAUAUCCGGCCUUAAUAGAACAAACACUUAUCAUGCCCCGUCACUGCAUGGAUUCACUAAAGAAAGUUCCAAUUAUUGGAAGUAUAGAUGAAAAAGGGUUGAAAGCAAUAUCUGAGCGUCUAAAACCGGUGAUUUAUAAUGCGGAUGUGUAUAUUAUUAGGGAAGGUGAACCGUUGCGGAAGAUGUUGUUCAUUUGGCGAGGCACUACUUUGACCUACACCACUACUAAAGGUGCAACAAAUGUAUGCAAAUGCCUUGAGAAAAAUGAUUUCUAUGGAGAACAACUUGUAAUUUGGGCAUUGAAAUCUGCCACAUUUUCUGAGUUGCCUAUUUGCACUACAACCCUUGUGUCCCAAUCAAAAGUUGAAGCAUUUUCAAUCACGGCAAACGACUUGAAGUCUGUAGUCGCUAAGUUUUGGUUGCACUUUAGAAGGGAUCUUCCUCACUCUCAGGUGGAGUGUUUUGCAGCUUCUUCCAUACAAGUAGCCUGGCGCCGCUACCACGCAAAAAGCUAAGAGAUCAACUGGUUGGGACAAGUGGAGUGUUUUGCAGCGUCUUCCUUCCAUACAUGUAGCCUGGCGACGCCACCACUCAAAAGAGCUAAGAGAUCAACUGGCUGGGACUAAUAUGUAUUUUGAGCUGGUAUCGCUUUUGUUUUGUGUGUGUGUGUUUUGAGUUGGUAUUGCAUGCUUUGGUUCCUCUUUAUAUUGCUUUAAUCUCUUUUGGCUUUGGUUUCCCUUCAAUUUCGUGGUGUGUCUUGCGUUUUGGUUUUUGUGGUAUGAAAAGUGUGUAAUUGACGUUCAUGAGAACGAUAUUAUGUAUGAAUUAAAAGCUCAAAUUUUGGA